AUGGCGAAGCAAAUCGUGAUUCUGUUCCUGCUAAUAACCAUCCUUCAAGCUCUGCCCAACCUCGCUGCUCCCACCGCGGACCUUUUCCGGGAAUACAUAGGCGCCGAGUUCAACAACGUCAAGUUCACCGACGUCCCGGUCAACCCACAAGUCGACUUCCACUUCCUUCUCGCCUUUGCCAUCGAUUACGACACCUCCGAUUCCCCAUCCCCCACCAACGGCCAAUUCAACGUCUUCUGGGACACCGACAACCUCGGCGCUUCCCAAAUCUCCUCCGUCAAAUCCCAAAACCCCAAAAUCAAGGUCGCCCUCAGCCUCGGCGGAGACAGCGUCUCCAACGGCAAUUGCUACUUCACGCCGUCAUCCGUCGACUCCUGGUACAACCUCGACGGCAUCGACAUCGACUACGAGCACUUCAAAUCCGACCCGCAAACAUUCGCCGAGUGCAUUGGCCGGCUGAUCACCACUCUGAAGAAGAACGGGGUCAUCUCGUUUGCCUCGAUUGCUCCAUUUGACGACCCCGAGGUGCAGAGCCAUUACCAGGCUCUGUGGAACAAGUAUGGGAAUGCGAUUGACUAUUAUUACGAUGAGCAGAGUUCGAAUUACGACGGCGGGAAGGUGUUGGUAAGUUUCAUUAGUGAUGGGAGCGGCGGAUUAUCCCCUGCGGAUGGGUUCUUUAAGGCGUGCGACAGACUGAAGAAACAGGGGAAGCUGCAGGGGAUUUUUGCUUGGUCGGCUGAUGAUUCCAAGGCUAAUGGGUUUCGCUACGAACGCCAGUCCCAGGCUGUGCUAGCAACCCCCAACUAG